CAAGAAGCAAUCAUCAUCAGGUGUGAAAACCACAGCAAGAACAAUUUGAACAAAAAUUUACGCUAUAUAACUAAGUACGGUACAUUUCAUUAAAGCGUGUUUUUUUUUUCAAGUUUAUUUAAAUAUUAUUACUUAUUGUUAUUGUCUACCCACGUGGCGUUACCGAACGAACCAUUAAUUUGCGUUCUUACGGUCACGAAAAUUGUAAAGUCAAAAUUCCUAGCAAAAUAAAAUAUUCAAAUCUAAAUUUGGGUUGUUUCCGCAACAACCGAACACACUUGCAGUUUUAUAAUGGCCAGGGAGGGCAAAAGCUCCGACUCUCCCGUCUAUUUCACACGUUUCACACUGGCAAAGCCAAAAAAAAACGAAAUUCAAUUUUUAGUUUUUUUUAAAGUUCACUUCGCCCACAUUAGCUCAGUCGAAAGUGGCAUUUAUCCGAAUCGAUUCCCUAUUUAAAAAAAUAUAUAAGAAAAAUGUGCGAUUCCGAAUCGGUUGUCGCCUCAAUGCGGGCGGGCGGUGAAACCGGAUGUGUUGAAUCGAAUCGAAGGUUACGAUUACUUUUUUUGUGUUUAAACGUCAACGCCUACGGAGUCGAUAAACGCGGCCGUGGAAUCGAAAGCGAACUCGUCGUGGAAUCGAUUAUUGCUCAAUUGCGUGAAAAUGGCGUCCGGCGGCGGGAGUUCAAAGGAGGCCGCAGACAUAGACUUCAGGAGGAAAUGGGACCGGAGUGAAUACGAGAAAUUAGCUCAGAGACGCCUGGAUGAGGAGAGGGACAAGAGAACAGCGAAGCCGGUGGUGGCUGUGAAGAGGGAGCUGCUGCGUCACAGAGACUACAAAGUUGACCUCGAGUCUCGCCUCGGAAAGUCCAUCGUCAUCAGCAAGACCACGCCACAGAGCGAGACUGGGGGCUACUACUGCAACGUCUGUGACUGCGUUGUCAAGGACUCCAUCAACUUCCUCGACCACAUCAACGGCAAAAAACACCAGAGAAACCUGGGCAUGUCCAUGCGAGUGGAGCGCUCCUCGCUGGACCAGGUACGUUCGCGCUUUGAGCUCAACAAGCGGCGGCUGGAGGAGAAGCAGAAAGAGUUCCACUUCGAGGAGAGGCUCAAGGAGCUCAAGGAGGAGGAGGAGAGGCAGAAGGUGUUCCGGCGUGAGAAGCGCCGGAAGCGGAGCACCGAGCCGGACCCGGACCUGGACCUGGACCUGUCCACCGGUGUUGGGGGGGGGGAGGAGGAGGGGGAGGGGGGGAGGGGCCGGUGGGGGGGGGUGUGGCCAGCAUGGCCGCCGUCAUGGGCUUCGGCAGCUUCACCUCCACCAAGAAGUCGCACUGAGGCCAGCCUACACCUACACCUCGUCAUCCUACACCUCGUCAUCCUACACCUCGUCAUCCUACACCUCGUCAUCCUACACCUCGUCAUCCUACACCUCGUCAUCCUACACCUCGUCAUCCUACACCUCGUCAUCCUACACCUCGUCAUCCUACACCUCGUCAUCCUACACCUCGUCAUCCUACACCUACACCUCGUCCACCUCGUCAUCCUACACCUACACCUCGUCAUACACCUCGUCAUCCUACACCUCGUCAUCCUACACCUCGUCAUCCUCGUCAUCCACCUCGUCAUCCUACACCUCGUCAUCCUACACCUCGUCAUCCUACACCUACACCUCGUCCACCUCGUCAUCCUACACCUACACCUCGUCAUCCUACACCUACAC